AUGUCUGUAGGGUUCGGUUUAGACAAGUACUGCACUAUUAAGGAUAUAAAAAUAGAAUUUAAUAGUGUUAUGUUAGGGGAAUGGUUCAAUGUCUCUGCUGUUGGAUUUGACACCUAUCAUGUUGGCUCGAAGAUAGUAUUUUUCGGGAUUAAUGAACGAACUGUUCUGAAAUUCUUAGGAAUUGAUCAAAAGAAAGGGAAAAUAAGCCACAACAUCCUGUCUCCUUUGCAUAAAUUGUUGUAUAAUAUUGCUCGUAGAUUCAUCUUACCACAAAACUCCAAACAAAGUGAAGGGAGUUUUGUUGGAUAUGGAGGGCUAUUGACAUGGAUGUUCAAAAAAUUUGGUGUACCUUUAGAUGGCUUGCAGUUCCCUAUGGGUCCUAAUAUGAAAAUAGGUGCCAAAUGCUUACACAAUCUACACCUAAAAUUGAAUGAUGAAGAGAUAUUGGUACAUGCUGUGGAAGAGGUUAAUGAUGUUGAAUCAGAAGAGGAGAAGGUUGAGGAAGUAAAGGAACAACUAGUUGAGGAAGAAAAGGAUCAGGAGUCUGUUCCCACUGCAACCACUGAAACAGCAGAAACUAGGGAAAAGGGAGAAGCAGCUAGUAAGAGGGAAUCAAAAGAGAAAGGAGAUGCUAUGGAGGAUAAUGAUGAUUACACUCUAAGUAGUGACUAG